AUGCCCAUCUGGUCAUCUGGUCAUCUGGUCAUCCCUUCUUGCCUCUUCGUACGGCCAAGCUAUGAGGCGGUGUCUGUUGCCCCGACGCGACAACAGCUUCGUUGCAUCACGCAAGACGUCGGACCGUUUGUGAUUUUGCCUCUUUUUGAAAGGCCUAAAAGGGGCGGGCAUGUAAUGGGCCUUCACAGCACGAUUGCGUGCGACUUUUGA